CAGGCAACGAAAACUGUCACAAUUCGCUCGUGGCCCCGCGAGUAUAUUAUAAAUUAUACGAAUUAUCGUUAGACGGAAAACUGGUUUGACCAUGUCAGAGGAGUCGAAGCCUCCCACUUUGGAGACUGACACCUCUAUGCUGAAGGAGACGCAGGAGAGGCUGAAGGAGAGGCUGAAGGAGAUGCAGGAGAGGCUGAAGCAAGUAGAGAGCAAGAAGCAUGAGUUGUCUCAUCCAGCAUCAACAUCCCUCCUCCCAUAUAAGUUUGCUGGACGCCGUCACCACUACUUUAGAGGGUCAACCUUGUCUAAUAAGGAGAUGACCGGUGUGAUCCUGCCAAUGGAUCUGGUUAAAAAGAAGGACCGAAUGUUACCUGAUCAUGCUCUGCUGUUAAAAACUCUGGAGGAACUCACUGAAGAACAAAUGGAGACAUUUCAGUCUUACCUGACCAGUCCUCAGCAGUCCAACUGUCUUCCCAUCCCAAGGAGUCAGCUGAAGAACACUGACAGACUGAACACAGUGGAUCAGAUGGUGAAGUACUGGGGCCUUCUGAGAGCUGUCAGGACAACAGUGAGGAUCUUGAAGGAGAUUAACAAACAUGAUCUGGCAGUGAAGUUAGAGAGAGAUCACACAGUAUCUCAUCCCUCUUCAUCAGCUUUUUAUCGUGACUUCAAGAAUCAGGCAAACCGCUACCAACCCUUGACCAGAGCACUGCACCACAAAAUGUUUUCAGAUUUCACUCAUGCUAGCAGUUCACAUCAGCCCAGUCAGUGGGUCCAGUGUUUACAUGUUCCAGCUCUGCUGUUAAAAACUCUGGAGGAACUCACUGAAGAACAAAUGGAGACAUUUCAGUCUUACCUGACCAGUCCUCAGCAGUCCAAAUAUCCUCCCAUCCCAAGGAGUCAGCUGAAGAACACUGACAGACUGAACACAGUGGAUCAGAUGGUGAAGUACUGGGGCCUUCUGAGAGCUGUCAGGACAACAGUGAGGAUCUUGAAGGAGAUUAACAAACAUGAUCUGGCAGUGAAGUUAGAGAGAGAAUACACAGAAGUCAGCAGCAGAGAACUGGCCUUCAGUGAGUUGUUCAAUCGUGCUGGUAGUUCACAUCAGCCCAGUCCGCAAGAAGACAUCAAGAAGCAUGAGUUGUCUCAUCCAGCAUCAACAUCCCUCCUCCCAGAUCAGUUUGAUGAACCCUCUUGCUACUACUCUGGAGGGUCAACCUGGUCUAAUAAGGAGAUGAGCGGUGUGAUCCUGCCAAUGGAUCUGGUUAAAAAGAAGGACCGAAUGUUACCUGAUCAAGCUCUGCUGUUAAAAACUCUGGAGGUACUCACUGAAAAACAGAUGGAGACAUUUCAGUUUUACCUGACCAGUCCUCAGCAGUCCAAAUAUCCUCCCAUCCCAAGGAGUCAGCUGAAGAACACUGACAGACAGAACACAGUGGAUCAGAUGGUGAAGUACUGGGGCCUUCUGGUAGCUGUUGGGUCAACAGUGAGGAUCUUGGAGACGAUUAACAAACAUGAUCUGGCAGUGAAGUUAGAGAGUGAUCACAUAAAAGCUUUUUAUCGUGACUUCAAGAAUCAGGCAAACCUCUACCAACCCUUGACCAGAGCACUGCACCACAAAAUGUUUUCAGAUUUCACUCGUGCUGGCAGUUCACAUCAGCCCAGUCAGCAAGAAGACAUCAAGAAGCAUGAGUUGUCUCAUCCAGCAUCAACAUCCCUCCUCCCAGAUCAGUUUGAUGAACCCUCUUGCUACUACUCUGGAGGGACAACCUUGUCUGAUGAGGAGCUGAGCAGUGUGCCCCUGCCAUUGGAACCAGGUAUUAAGAGGGACCAAAUGUUACCUCUUCCAGCUCUGCUGUUAAAAACUCUGGAGGAACUCACUGAAGAACAUCUGAAGACAUUUCAGUCUUACCUGACCAGUCCUCAGAGGUCCGACCUUCCUCCCAUUCCAAAGUUUGAACUGGAGACCGCCGACACACGGCUCACAGUGGGUCAGAUGGUGUGGAGAUAUGGCCCUGAGAGAGCCAUAGAGAUCACAGUGAAGAUCCUGAGGAAGAUGGACCAGAAUAAACUUGCUAAGAAAUUAGAUUGUUCCCAACUAAUGGACAGUUCUUCUGGUAUCGUGAGUAAGGAGACGUUGGAUGAAGACGACAGGAGACGGGUUAAAGGGAAGAACAGAAAACAGAGCAACUUAAUGGCACCAAGAGGAGUGCUGGCCACUCUGGAGGAACUCACUGAUGAACAGAUGGAGACAUUUCAGUCUAUCCUGACUAGUCCACUGUGGUACAACUAUCCUCCCAUCCCAAAGAGUCUGGUGAAGAACACUGACAGACAGAACACAGUGGGUCAGAUGAUGUGGAGAUACGGUCCUCAGAGAGUUGUGGAGAUCACAUUGAAGAUCCUGAGAACAAUUAAACGACAUGAUCUUGCCAAGAAGUUUGAAGGGAAGAGAAGGAAGAAACCCUCCUUGCCUGGUCCUGGGAGUGUCAAGAAGAGAGAUGAGAAUUGUGUAUAUCUGACAGACAGUUCUUCUGGUACCCUGAGUGAUGAAUCUUCAGACAGAGGAGACACUGAAAUCCAACAGGACAGAGAUGAACUGGACACGAAGUCAAUCUCCUCAUUAGUCAAAAGAUCUAGUCAAGAGGAUAUCUGGGGGGCAUCCCAGCAGCAAGAGGCCACAUCUGAUGCACAGGCUGUAGAUGUACAGGAGUCUGGCCUCAGUCUGGAUUUUAAAGAAGAAAUGGAGGACUCUGCUUUUGAGCCACAGCUGGGAGUGUCUUACAGUCUCAACACAGACAUGACUGAUAACAACCCCCUUGAGAACAUACAUGGGAUGGAUAAAGACUAUGAAACAGAUUCUUCUGUUUUGGAACAUCCUGACAUGAUUUCUACAGAUGAAUUUACACCUGAAAUCCACAAUCCGGAGAAUGGGCGAGAAUACCGUUUCCAGUGUCCCUGUGCAGGUCUGUUCCAGUGCAGUACAACAGGCCUGGUGUUUGGGAUGGAGGGAGAGGGAGAUGUGGUCUACAGGACUGUCCCCUGGAACAGGAAGCUUCUAGCUCAGAGUGGCAAGAGACCAGCAGGACCCCUGUUCAACAUCUACUGUCCUCAGAUGUCUGUCAGUCAACUACACCUGCCACACUGUGAGAUUCCUUCUGAGGGAGGGUGUGGCUUCCUGUCUGUAGCCCAUGUCACUGAUGACAGUAUGGAGCUCAUCACUCCACACAAGAUAACAGAAACCCACCUCAUCAUCAACAUCAGUGGAUUCUCUGCGUAUGGUGACGUCAAGGAUGAAGACUCCCCCACUGUCCCUAUACGCACUCUGGUGUUGUUGUUCUACAAAGUCCCAGACGUCCCUAUGAAGAGGUCCAUCCUGUAUGUUCUGUUGCUUCCCAGAAAUACUGUUUUCAGGGAGGUCCAAGAGGAAUGGAGAAGAAGAAAUGGAGACCAAUACAUCUACAUUGAAACAAAUCCUCGCUGCCAGUUAACUCCAAAUAAAAAAUACAGCCUGUUCACAGAGCUCACCGUUGAACAUCAAAUAAAACCCAAGGAGGCAGAAUUUUUGGAUUAUGAAUCCUAUGAAAAUUACUUCCCAACAUUUCAGUUGUUCUUGCAAACUGUUGUUGAACAAGUUGAUCUUCUCCUGAAAGAAAACGAUUGUGUUCUGUCUGUGUGGGACAGACUGGUCUGGCUUCCAGCCUCAACAACAGAAAACACAUCUACAGCCCCACCAAUCAACCGCCCCUCUACAGAUACACAACCUGCGGACACUACAGCAGGAACAACCAGAGAUGUUUCUUUUCAUCUGCUGGAAACAUUGAUGGAGCUCAACUCAGAAGAUCUGAAGACAUUUAAGUGGGUCCUGACCAAGGGUGUGGAUGGUUUUCCUGGCAUCCCAAAAGGCCAGAUGGAGGACUGUGACAAGCCAGACACGGUGGAUAGGAUGGUGGAGACGUACUGUGAUGAUGCUGUCAAAGUCACACUGAAGAUCCUGAGGAGUAUCAAGCAGAACAACCUGGCUGAGACUUUACAACAGAAGGUCCUGAACACCUCAUGAUGAGUAAAUGAUCCAUUACAUUCCUAUGGAGAGGAAGUUGACUUCAUUGUCAAGCGUCAAAAUGUAAAACAUUUUUUUAAAGCUUUUCAAAUUCUAAUCAAGUACUGUUUAUAAACGUCAUUACACUUCACACAACAUGAAAAGUAAAGGACGUCAUCUUAGACGAGGCUCCAUUGCUAUCUUACUGCUCCUAAAACCUCUACUUGGAGAACCCAAAGAUGUUCCACAAUAUGACCAGUUGAUUCAGAAGUUCUAGCUUUGGAACAGAUCAAAUACAUGAAACAGCUGGGGGUCGUAGAGAGAUUUGACAACCACUGAUCUACCAGACAACCCACUGAUCUACCAGACAACCCACUGAUCUACCAGACAACCCACUGAUCUACCAGACAACCCACUGAUCUACCAGACAACCCACUGAUCUACCAGACAACCCACUGAUCUACCAGACAACCACUGAUCUACCAGGCAACCACUGAUCUACCAGACAACCACUGAUCUACCAGACAACCCACUGAUCUACCAGACAACCCACUGAUCUACCAGACAACCCACUGAUCUACCAGACAACCCACUGAUCUACCAGACAACCCACUGAUCUACCAGACAACCACUGAUCUACCAGACAACCACUGAUCUACCAGACAACCACUGGUCUACCAGACAACAUACUGGUGCUGCAUGUACACUAAAUGUAAUUUAUAAGCGAAAGAGACCCUAGUUUUAAAAGGCUAUCAAUUUGGAUUAAUAAUUUUAAAUAAUCGUAUGCAUGUAAUUCCAUAUAUCUUUUCUUCAAACUGUUGUGCUAUUUUUCAUAUAUUUAAAGAUGUUUUCUGUGAUGUUUGGCUAGUGGUCCUAAAGGUGGUAAUGCCAAUCCAAAAUGGUCCAAUAAAAGUGUGUACUAGCCACUGUGCAUCAACUCUUGUUUAUCUGUAGAAGCUUUUUUACAACUCCUAAAACAUGUUAUAAGGGCUUUAUGAAGAUAUUUGAGUGAUGGCUCAUUGGUCUUCUGAUGUCCUGUAAAUGCUAUGUUAGAUUGAGAUGCUAUGGACAUAUUGAGCCAAUAUGGUUCAUUUUGCUCUGGCAAGACACCAAGCAGUGUUCAUGUGGGAAUGAAUACUUGAGAUACUGAGAGCACUGGAAUCGGUGUUGGGUAAAGGUAGCAAUAGGUCAUCAAGUUCUCUCAAUUCUCGUCAUUGCUUUACUUUCUUUUUC